AUGGAGGAGAUCGAGAGACGCUUCCAGGCGCUCGAGGGAGCGUUGCAGGCUGCAGAACAACGGGUGCAGGCUGCAGAGGAGCGCGCCCUGGCGGCGGAGUCAGCAGCAGCGAGCGCAGGCGCCGCCGUGAACAGGCCCGUGGCAGCGGCGAGGGCCGCGCCUCAGGACCUGGUGGACACUCGGCUUCUGGCGAAGCCGAAGGCGUUCGGAGGCAGCGAGGACGAGUGGCCAGGGUGGAGCUUCAAGAUGCUCGCGUACCUCGGGGCCCUCGACGAGCAGAUGGCCAACGAGCUGACAGCAGCCAUGACGUUCCCGCUGGAGGAAGUGAGGAACGCGAGACUCCUGGGGGAGGGAGCGAGUCAGCGCAGUCGCCAGCUGUACUUUAUCCUCGUCCUGCUGCUGGAAGGAGCCGCACUGCAGCUCAUCAAGCCAGUCGGCGUCGGAGAAGGUUAUCGGGCGUGGAGGACGUUGCAAGACAUGUACGAGCCCGACAGACCAGGUCGCCAUGCAGGACUGCUGCAAGAGCUGAUCGCGUUCCAGUUCCCAGAGGACAACAUCGUGGGGAUGCUGGCGGACUUCACGUGGGAGCUCAUGCGCAACGAAGUGCACAUGGUGAUCUCGACGAGGAGCGCCAUCGCAGCAGUGCCGCCACCAGUUCCGAUGGACACGAGCGCGGUGGAGAAGGCGAGGCGCGAGGCGGCGUCGAAGGGCAAAGGAAAGAAGGGCAAGGACGGCAAGGGCAGGAAGGGCAAGGGCAGCGACAACUCCACGGACCAGAAGAGCCAGGCGGCCAAAGACAGGGCCGAGAAACGAUGCUUCCACUGCCACAAGACAGGUCACGUCAAGAGCGAGUGCAGGAAGUUCCUCGCAGAGCAGAAGAAGAAGAAGGGCACCAACGCCGUCGAGCAGGAGUCGAAGCCGACGGGAGCUCCACCAGCGGCGAGCGCCGCGGGGAGCGCGGCGCCAGUGAUGGCGAUCGCGACCGAAAGCGGGGCAGAGCCAUUGUGGUGCCUCGCGAUCGAGCUGGGAGAGCUGGGCAGCCCGAUCGAGCGGCUGAGCCCGCCAGAGGCGUCAAGCGAGCACGCGCAGCCGAGGCAGCCAUUCUUGGUCGGGGCCAGUCCGAUCGAGCAGCUGAGCCAGCCAGGGGCAGCAAGCGAGCACGAGACGUUCGAGAGCAAGGAGAUCAUCGGUAUCAAUGAGCACUGGGUCAUGGUGGACUCGGGUGCUGCACGAUCGGUGUGUCCGCCGAGUCACGGGGCCCACGAGACGCUCAGAGACCUGAGCGAGCGCAUCAGGCUGGUCGGAGCGAGCGGCGACGACAUCCCGUGCCACGGCGAGCGCUUCGUCACGUACACGAAGGGCGGGCACAAGAUCGGGGUGGACUACAAGGUCGCCGACGUCAAGAGGCCAGUGCUGGGCGUGUCGCAGGCGGUCGACAAGGGUACGUCGUGGGUAUUCACGCCGAGCGGGAGCUACAUGAUCCCGAAGCCGAUCGAGUUCUCGGACCCAGACGCCGUGCCGCUGGUCAGACGCAACGACCUGUUCUACCUCAAGAUGGACAGGUACGGUGAAGGCGUCAAGAACUCGCUCGUCAUGCCGGUGCGGGGCGAGGAGCCAGGAGGCGAGCCUGGCGGCGCAUCAGCUGCGUCCAGGGCAGCGGCGAGGGCCGCGCUCCAGGGCGGCAGCGGCGGAGGGGCCGCCGCGACUCGCGCUCAGGCCGAGGCGAGCGAGCCAGCAGCGCAGGCAGAGCUCGAGGAGUCCGUGCCAGUCCGAGUCAAGAAGGAUCCAGUGAAGCCAAGCUUGGCCGAGCAGAGGACGCACGAGCUGGUGCACAUCCCUGCGAGGUCCUGGUGCUGGGUGUGCGUCAGAUCCAAGUUCACGGACGACCCACACUACAAGGCUGGGCACGAGCGCACGGGCGACGAGGUCCAGAUCGACUACUACUUCCUGGGCCAGCUGAGCAUCCUCAACAUGGUGCACAUGAACUCCCAGGCUAUUCAUGGCAUCAUGGGGCCGAAGGGUACCGACGCCUACAUGAUCAAGACAGCGGUCGCCACCAUCGAGAACUGGGGGCUGGAUCGCAUCGUGCUGAAGCACGACCAGGAGGCGUCGAUCACGGCCCUGGCGAGGGAGAUCAAGGCUCAGAGGAAGGCGCCCACGAUGAUCGAGUCGGCUCAGCGGGCUAACCAUCAGGGAGUUGGUGGAGUGGAGCGCGCCAACGAGGAGCUCGGCAAGCAGAUCAGGGCGCUGCUGUUCUCGGUGGGCGACAACUACAAGCGGGAGCUCCCAGCCGAGCAUGGGCUCCUACCUUGGCUCAUUCGGCACGCUGGCUGGCAGCUCAACCGCUUCACGAUGCACGGCAACGGCAAGACGACCUACGAGGUGCUCAAGGGGAGGCCGUAUCGGGGCGAGCUCGUCAACUUCGCGGAGUGCGUUUGGGCGAGGGACCCCACGCCGACCUCCAAGCUGCAGCCUCGGUGGCACGCGGCGGUGUGGCUGGGCAAGACAGAGGUCUCGGACGAGCACCUGGUGGCGGGUCCGACGCGCACGACAAGGGUACGCACGGUAAGACGGCGGCCGGAGGGUGAGCGGUUCGUGCUGGAGGAGCUGGACAAGUUCGCUGGGGUGCCGUGGGACAUGCACCGAGCUCCACAGAUCGGCAUCGUGCCGACGGGAGCGCCCCAGGUGGAGCCGAACCAGCAGCGGCUGCUGCCGCCACCUCCGCCACCGCCAGUGGUCUUGCCAGCCGCGGGCCCGGAGGCGCUGGUGCCACCAGCGAUGGUCGGGCCGGCGCCGCCCACGGGGCCAGGAGGCGCAGGGCUGAGAUCGACGUACAUCACGAGAGCGCUGAUCGACAAGUACGGCUGGACCCCCAUGUGCCCGAGGUGCGUCACAGGCAUGGGAUCGCACAGCGAGGAGUGCCGGAAGAGGAUCGAGAACGAGCUGCGCAAGGAGGAAAUGGCCAGGGCAGCGGCGGAGGCCGCGCCCUCGUCGGCAGCGGCGGGGGCUGCGCCGACGCCGGCGGCGGCUGGAGCCGCGCCGGGGCCAGCGGCUGGAGCUGGAGACGGCAGGCCAGGAUCGUCCGGGGAUGCCAGCAUGGCACCUCGCGAUGACCAGGGCGAGGCUUCGGCGAAGAGGCCGCGCCAGACAGCGGCGAUCACAGUCGGGUCGCUCGCGGUCGGGGCCUUCGUGGAGAUCAAUCCCUGCACGUAUGAGGGCCUAGACCAGCAGUCUCACGAGGAGCUCGAGACGGUCACGGAGAUCGAGAGCUGCGAGCCGCUGGAGAUCGGGAUGUUCGAGGUCGGCUCCGUCGAGCCGUCGGCGAUCACGGUCCUGCCAGACGCGGAGAAGCACGUGUACGACGCGAGGAGCGGGAAGGAGCUCCCCAGGGACCUGGUCAGGCGCGGACGCGAGGCCGAGAUCGAGGAGAUGCGGCGACACGGCGUCUUCGAGGAGGUCCGCGUGGCCGAGAGUCGGGGCAAGGUGGUGCGUUUCAAGUGGGUCGAGGACCUGCGCACCAAGGACGGCGCCCCCUUCGUCCGUUCCCGAGGCGUCGCCAUGGAGAUCAACACGCACGGCCGAGAGGACUGCAACGCGGGCACGCCGCCGAUCGCCAUCGUCAGGGCGAUCGUCUCCUUGGCGGCUACGAAGAAGGGUCGGAGGCAUCUCUCGGUGCAUGACGUGCACGUGGCGUUCUUCCACGCCGACCUCGACGAGUGGAUCGUCGUCAUCCCGCCUCCAGGACUCAGGAGAGACGGGUACGUGUGGCAGCUCCGGAAGGCCAUGUACGGCACGCGCAAGGCGGCACAGGCUUGGCAGGAGUACGUGGCCGGGGUGUUCAAGAAGAACAACUGGACGCGCAUCGCAGUGGCGGCGGGCGUGUACCACGAGCCUCUCUUGGACAUGACCUCGGCGAUCCACGGUGACGACAUCCUGACCGAGGGCGAGGAGGAGUCCCUGGAUGUCCUGGACCAGCAGCUGAUGGCGAGCAUGGACGUCAAGUGCAUCGGUCGUGUCGGGCCGGAUGGCGUCCGCGAGCUCCCGUACCUCAAGCGCAAGAUCAGGUGGACAGGCAAGGGAUUCGUCUGGAUCGGCGACACGAAGCACGUGACGAGAUGCGUGGAGCUGCUGGGCCUUACGGAGUGCAAGCCAGCGGACACGCCUGGGAGCAAGGCCACGGGCAAGAGCGUCCGGGAGGCGCUGGACCCACUUCCACACGACGAGGCGAAGCUCUACCAGCAGGUCGCGGGGCUCGUCAACUACGUGGCGGUAGACAGGCCAGACAUCCAGUUCGCAGUGAAGGUGAUCCUCACGGACAUGGGGAAGCCCACAGUCAUCAGCAUGCUUAGGCUGAGGCGGUGUGUGCGGUAUCUCCACGGUCGGCGCGAGCUCGGGUGGUUCUACGAGAAGCAGGAGAUGCCGAAGGAGGUUCUCUACGAGACGGACUCGGACUGGGCAGAGGAUGAGAUCACGAGGAAAUCGACCAGCUCCGUGUAUGGCUUCUUCGGCAGCCACCUCCUGGAGACCCAGGUGGCAUCGCAGCCCGUCGUCGCGCUCAGCAGCGGAGAGGCCGAGUUCUAUGCCAUCGGCCGAGGCGCGGCGAGUGCGAUCAUGAUGCGGCAGUUCUAUCAGCAGUGUGGCAUCGAGGUCGCGUCGAAGGUUCACAGCGACUCGAAUGCAGGCAGGGCGAUCGCGACACGGAUUGGCAGUGGCAAGGUACGGCAUCUACAGAUACGGGACCUGUGGGUGCAGGAACGAGUCAGGCUCGGCGAGUUGCAGCUCGGGCGAGUCGACACGGAGAGCAACAGGAGCGACUUGGGGACCAAGCAUCUGGACGGCAAGCGGGUGCUCAAGUUGCUGGAGAUGUCCAACCUGCGGCUUCUGACCAAGGGGCUCGCCGCAGGUGUGGGCGUCACUUUCGCGGAGGCGGCCGAGCAUGGAGACAAGCAGUGCUCUGCAGCCGCCGACGACGAGGUCGAGUCGAACAUCGGCUCGAUCGUUCUCGCCAUGAUCAUGUUCAUCAUCGUGCUGGUGCUCGUGGUCAAGGGCGCAGUUAUGUGUACGAGGGGGGCGGUACAGCUCUUCUCAUCGAGGGCGGCGAGUGCUGCCCCACCAGCGGGAGCGGCGAGGGCUGCCCCGCAGGCCGACGACACGGCGAGGCCCGAGGCGUCGUCGAAGGACGCGCCUGAAGGGAAUGUCGUUUCUCGGGCGGCGGCGAUGGCCGCGCCUGAGCGGGUCGCCACAGGGCGAGACCUCGGUUCGGAGUACCUCGGGAAGAUGCUGGCUGAGGCCACCGUGGCAGAGCUCAAGGAGGAGCUCAGGUGGCGGAAGCUGCCAGUGGGCGGCUUGAAGGCGGACCUCAUCGUCCGUCUGACGAGGGACGGCGGCCAGCACAUGGCCAGCAGUGAGGGGCUAGCUGCAGCGGCAUGGGCCGCGCGGCUGGUCCCAGGCAGGGUGCCCAUCCGAGCGUUCCGCUCGGACGCUAGCCUAGGCGCGCACCUAGGUGGAGCGAUGGCUGCUGCUGCCGCCGACGCCGUGCCCGCGCUGGAAGGAGUGGACGAGGUGGCGUACCUCCUGUAUGCGGUCCCGGGGGCGCCCCUGUGGCACCAGCGCUGGAACUUGGGUCGGGCGGUGUCCUGUCCGAGUGACGCGAUCCUGGUCUCGCCGGACCACCAGGUGCAGUGCGAGGUAGUGGACGGGACGUCGGCCGACAUCAGCGCGGUGCGGUGGGCGCCCGCCCUCGCCCCCAGGCCGCCGGGCGUCGUGCGGGCCUACCGCUUCGCGAGCCCCCCGACCGCGGCGGAGGUGGCGGCCUGGCUCCCCGAUGCCCAGGCCGAGGCUCGGCGCUGCUUUGCUCGGCGCCACCCGGGCGUGGCCGUGCCGGCGCCCGUCUUCGAGGCGUGGCCCUGGGCUGCGCCGGGGGCGCCGGCUGCCGCCGUCGGGCCCGCCCCUGCCGCGGUGGCCCCCGCCGCCGGGCCGCCGGGCGGAGGUUGGGUCGUCGUGCCAGCGGGGGGCCCGCCGCCCGCCGCGGCGCCCGUCGCCCCGGCACCCGCGCCCCUGCCGGGCGGGGUGAUGCGCCGAGGAGGUGCGGCCGCGGCGGGUGCGCCGGCCGCGGGCGGCGGGGAGGCGGGCGGUGCGCCGGCGCCCGCGGGGGCAGCGCUCGCAGCGGCCGUAGUCGGGGCGGCCCGACCCCUGGUGCUGGCGGGAGGCGCUGGCGACGCCGCCCCCGCCCCUGUGGGGAACUGGCGCGUCGCCCAGGAGUGGAGGGGGUACCACUACGGCGAUGUGAUCACCCCUCCAGCGGGCUUCGCUGGGGCGGGCACUCCCGCCCGCGGAGUCGUCCUGCUCGCAGACGGGUCGUCUCUCUUCGUCGAGUGGGUGGCCAUCGGUGGCGAGUCGGACUUCGCCGACCGGGCGGUGGCGCCCGACUGCCGCCUGCUGCCGGUCCGCCUCGAUCGCGCUGGCAGGCCCUUCCGGACGCUUGAGAACCUCGUAGAGAGCUGCCGCCAGGAGCACCUCCCCGACUUCAUCGCGCCGAGGACGACCAUGUGGUGCCUCGAGCACCUCGCGGGCGAGGGCCGCUCUCUCGAGUCCCACUUCGAACGCUUCAAGAAGCUGUGCGGCCUCCAGGACUCCCAGUGGGGCAUGGAGGAGUACGCCAGUGUGAUCAGCUACCUGAAGGCGUUGCCCCAGCACGAUCAGGUGGACGCGUCCAACAUCCUGUCGGUGGAGAUGAUGUUCCGCCGGCUCCAGACGAUCGAGUACUGCUACAGCGACAAGUUGCGCGAGAGGACAGCGGGCUCCUCCGCGGGGAGGCUCACCGCCGACGAGCAGGCCGCCUUCGGCGCGACGGCCCGAGCCGAGUCGAGGCUCAUGGUGUCGCCCGCGCUGCUCGAGAGCGCCAAGCAGGAGCUGGAGCGCGACGCCUCGCUGGCCAAGAGCCUCCUGAAGGCGCGCGAGGCUCGGGAGUCGCUGGGCAAGCGGAGGCAGGGCCAGGGGAAGGCGGCAGCCCUCCAGGCGCUGCGCCUCGGCCUCCCCUACGACGCAGGGGGAGGCCCUGUGGGCUAUGAAGCCUCCCGCGUGUCCCUCCCGGCAGCUGGGUCGGUCCCGACUCCGCUCGCUCGGCUUUGGGGAUCCGGCGGGGAAAGUACUGUUGCACGCUUUGCUGAGUCGCAAGUUUUGCCCAUCGACGUGGCACGAAUGAGGUUAAAGGACUCGGGGCCCUUUCGGCCCUACGGCGACCCUCGCCUCCACUCUCCCUCUUUGUACGGCGAAUUCAUUCAGCGAUUGGUCGAGGCUGGCGUAGCCGAGCUGACGCUCGAGCGACCUACCGAGGUGGUGGAUUGCUUCUUUGUAAAAAAGGGGGGCGGCAAGCAGCGGCUGGUCGUCGACUGUCGGCGGUCUAAUCAACAUUUCGAGCCGCCCGCCCCUGUCAGCCUAGUCUCUGGCCACACUCUCUCCCAGGUGCAUGACGACGACUCCCUCGGUCAGCCCGUGUUUAUUGGCCAGGUCGAUAUAAAAGACGCUUUCUAUCGCAUGGAGCUCCCGGAGGGGCUCCGCCAGUAUUUCGGGCUGCGAAGAAUUCGGGCCUCGUGGGCGGGCAUCUCUCAAGUCCAGGGAGUCCGUGUGUCCCCGGGGACCUGGGUCACCCCUCGGAUGCGAGCCUUGCCCAUGGGCUGGUCCUGGGCCCUCUGGUGGUGCCAGGCGAUCCACGAGCGGGCUGCCGAGGAGGGAGGAUCCCCUGCUGCAGCCCGACUCGCGGACGGCUCCCCCCCGCCUCCCCUCGCCUCCUCCCCUCACGCACAGUACGUAGACAACUAUGUGGUGAUUUCGACGAGCGAGGCGGUUGUCCGCGAGCGCUUGGCAGGAGUGUCCCGGGCCCUCGAGUCUCGCGGGCUGCCGCUGCAUAAAGAGUCUGUCUCAUGCGAUCGGGCCGUCGUGCUGGGGUGGGAGAUCGAUUGCCUUCGGCGCGCCUUCCGCCCGACCCCCGAGCGUGUCUGGAAGGCUCGUCUCGCUAUUCGGGGUCUUUUGGCACGGGCCUCGGUCUCUGGAGGGGACUUGGAGCGCCUCCUGGGCCAUCUGUGCUUCAUCGGCCUGUGUAGGCGAGAGUCGCUCAGCGUGUUCAAAUAUUGCUACAGGUUCUGUGAGGCCGCGCGGAGAUGCCCAGCCCGGGGGCCUCGGGCCCUCUGGGCCUCUGCCAGGAAGGAGCUCGACAUCUGGGACCGUAUCGCCCCGCUCAUCUGGGUCAACACCUCUGCGGGUACCUGUCCAGACGUCGUCGUGGUGGACGCGUCGCCGCGGGGCCUUGGGGCCGUUCGGGGGCGACCGCCGGUGGCCCUGGUCAAGGAGGCCUGCCGUCACUCGGAGCGUGCUGGGGCUCGGGAGGCGGCCCGGGAAGGGCGGCCACCCCGUGAGCGCGCUUUCGCCGCGGCCGCUGCGCAGCUGCACGGAGGUGAGGGGGAGGCCGACAGGCGGAUCCUGAUGGAGCUCGUGCGACCCCAGUCUCGACACCACCGUCCCGAAAGCGAGUUCGACCGCCGGCACACGAAGUCGUUCGAGGACGUCCCCUUGGACCUCUUGAGGGCCCCCUGGAGGGUGUGCGGGAGGCAGAGGUGGAAACGGGCCUCGACGUCCAUGCCGGCCCUGGAAGCGGAGGCGCUUUUGUACGGGGUGCGCCACCUCCUGAGGUCCGUCGCCAACUUGGGCUCGAGGCUGCUCGUGAUUGGGGACUCGAUCUCCGCCUCCCUGGCCGCCACGAAGGGACGGUCCUCUUGCGAUGGCAUGCUCUCGGUGACCCGCCGGCUGGGCGCCCUGCUGCUGGGGACCGGCAGCCUCCUGCGGUCGCGCUGGAUCGCGUCGGAGCUCAACCCUGCGGACGGACCCUCGCGCGGCCGACCGGCGCCGAGCGACCCGCUUGCCGGCCUGCGGCGCGAACUCGCGACCGCCGCCGACGAGGGCCGCGAUGCUGGCGCGCGGCAGGUCCGACAGAUCGAGGACCCCCGCGGGCCGCCAGCCGCCGCCGCCCAGUUCGGGGCCCAGAUGAGCCUGCUUCGGAGGGCCUCGGUGUCGGCGAAGACGCAGGCCCAGUACUCUCUCUACCUGGCCGCCCUGCACAGGUUCUGCGACUCCCGCGGGGACCACCCGAUCACCGAGGAGGAGUGGGACAUCGCCACCGCGGGGGGCCGCUUGCCCCUGCCCUACGACGUGGUGGCGCUCCUGGCGUGCUGGAUGAUCUGCCAGGGGCUGAGACCCCACGCGCUGGCCAUCCUCAUGAUGAUGGAGCUGUACUUGCGGCCAGGAGAGCCAUUCCUGCUACGGGGCCGCGACGUAGCGGCGGGGUCCCUCAGCGGAGCUCGCGAGUGGACCCCCACAUCGGUCCUGCUCCACCCGUUCGAGAUGCGGACCCCGUCCAAGAGCCAGGAGUUCGACCGGACGAUCGUCCUCGACCUCGACCGGCAGGCGGCGCUCGCGGACGCCCUGGUGCAGCUGGGGCUGGAGCGCGGCGCGGGGCCCUUGCUGGAUCUGUCGCCCAGCGCCCUGCGCCGGGCCCUGGACGAGGCCGCGGCUGCCUGGCGCCUGGGGCCCCUCGGGCCGCUCGACGCCUACCGCUUCCGGCACACGGGGGCGAGCGUCGACUUCGCGACCGGCGCCCGGCGGCUGGAGGAGAUCCAGCGCCGCGGGCGGUGGCGGUCCGCGCGGAGCCUCCGCCGCUACGAGCACGGGGGGCGACUGGCCGACCUCUUGCGCCGCCUGCCGCCCGACGUGCAGCGGGCGGCGGAUGCCGUCUUUGGGCCGCUGAGGGCGCCGACCAUCGCCGUGUUCCUCGAGCUGUUCGCGGGCUCGGGCCACCUGUCCGACGCCGUGGAGCGGGGAAAUGUCCCCACAUUGCGGUGGGACAUCCUGUACGGCCCCGCCUACGACCUGCGCGACCCCAGGAGCGCCCGUCUCAUUCGAGGCUGGAUGCGGGCGGGGCUCGUCUGCGGCCUGCAUGCUGGCUUUCCUUGCGAGACCUUCUCGCGGGCGCGUGACCGCCCCAACGGCCCUCCGCGGCUCCGGUCCCAGGAGCACGUCUGGGGCCUGCCCAGUCUCCAUCCCGAGGGCGCCGAUUUCCAGAAGGUGAAGUGGGGCAACCUGUGCGCGCGGCUCACGAUAUCCUUCUGCGUGCUGUGCUGCCAGUGUUUCGUCCCCUGGUCCGUCGAGAACCCCGCGCUGAGCUACGCGCGGCAGCUGCCGCCGAUGCUGCCCCUGCUCCAGCGCCGGCAGGUCACGACCCAGGUGAUCGAGCACUGCCGGUUCGGGACGCCCUGGAGGAAGAGCACCAGGAUCGCAGCGUUUCUCCUCGACUUGGCACCCUUGGCCAAGUUCAGGUGUACAGGGCCCGUCUGUGUCCUCACUGGGCAGCGGCAUCAAGAACUGUCCGGCAAAGACGCAUCGGGCAGGUUCCGCACUAGAUUGGCGGAAGCAUAUCCUCGCAAGCUCUGCAGCACCCUCGCCAGAGCCUAUGCCGACGAGAAAGCCAG